AUGGUCCCAGUUUCUGAGGAUCAGAUUCAGCAGCAGCAGCAACAACAACAACAACAACAACAACAACAACAACAACAGCUACAAUUACAACAACAACAACAGCAACAACUACAACCUCCACAACAACAAAUUCUGGUUCAACACCUUCAACAGUCCAAUACUGUUCCUCAAAUGUAUUAUAGUGGACAACCUCAAAUGAUGUUACCACAGGUACCUCCUCACCAGAUGCCUCAGUAUCAAAUUCCAAUCCCUAAUGUAUCUAUUAAUCAAGAAAGGUUUACCAAGGAUGAUCAAUCAAUGGGCUUUCAAAAUCAAGCACAACUCAAUCAAAUUCAGCUACAAAGAGGAAUCUCCCCCAUUUAUCAAGACAUUCCCCCCAUUUUAAACCCUCCAAAUAUCCCCGUUGGAAUGGAUCAACAUCACUACAUGGGAAAUCCAGUAGGAGUUCAAUAUUUUAAUAAUAGUGGUUAUUAUAGCUUCCCCCAUAAUUUAGGAGGAUCUGGGGAAAGAGGUCCCGAGUUUUUUAAUCUGCCAAUUGAGAUUAAAAGAGAACCAAAACAAAAUAAUUUCACUCCUAUUCAUACAAAGAAGAAUUCAAGACCCAGAAUAAAUAAGUUAAGUCAAGAAUCUGGUUCACCACGACUUCAACAUAAUAUCUUGGGAGAAUUAUCAAUUGAUGAUUUGUUUAACCAUUUUCGUGAAGAACUUAAAAUUGAUGUUAAUGGUAUCGAUAUGUCAUCAGUUGCAUUCCAAUUAUCGAUGAAAACUGAAUUAGAAUGUCAAUUAUUCGACAUGUUCAUCAAUCGAGUGUCUGCAUCAAUUGAUAUUUUCUUGCCUCAGGAGGUUUUCAAAAAGAUUAUCCCACAUUUGGCACUUUAUGAUGAAACAAAUAUGAUUAUUGAUUCUAUAUUUUGUUUGAGUUCAUUAAUGUUACAAAGAAGUGCCCCCGAUAAAGUAGACCCUUCAACCCCAAUCAAAUAUUAUCACCAAUGUAUCAAAUCUAUUAGCCAUUACUUAAGUCUUCCAGGUAUAGAAAAUGAUAAUACUGGAAUUAUUUCACGUUGCUUGUUAAGUACAAAUCUUUUAUGUAUCUAUGAGUUGUUUUUUGUUGCCAUUGACAGUACCUAUGUGAAAGGAGCUUCAAGUAUCUUAUCAUCUAUUCUUCAAAAGUGUAAUAAUCAAAACCAAAGCUUACUUAGGAAUUCUCCAUUUCAUCAAACUUGUUUUUGGGCUAUGUUUAUUAGUGAUUUGAUUUUAUCCUUAAAAUAUAAUUUACCAAGUAUGUACUCAACUGAAAGUUUUUGGAGACCAUUGGAUCCAUUAUUCUUUGAUUACUUUGAUAAGGGCUACCAAAGUCUGAAUAAAGACAAUGAAAAUACACUGACAAGUUUAUUAUUAAGUAAGGAAUCAGAUAUAUGGUUUUUACAAAAAUCAUUACUUAAUUUUAAUUGGUUGAAAUUAAAAACUUUGUUGGAUGAUUUUGAAAGAGUAAUCCCAAUGGCAUUGAAGCCUACAGUAUAUAGACCUGUUUCAAGUGAAAGAAUUUACCCUAUUGUUUAUUUUAAAGAUGAAGCCGCAGCAAUUGUCGGAUUGAAUCUUAAACUUUCAAAGAUUGCUUUAUAUGAAUCUUUAAUUCUGAGAAAUGAUAUUAACAAUCCAAUUGUUAUUAAAGAACUUUCAAAAUAUCCAUCAAAUUAUGCAAAAAAAUUAGCUAAAGAUAUUAUUGGAAUAAUGAUGACUUAUGAUGCUAAUCUUUUUAUAUGGCCUGUUAAUGUGCAUAGCAUUAGACAAGUUGCACAUUAUGUAUUUGAUGAACCAGAAUCAUUUAAUGGUCUUGAAGAAUUAAUUGAGAGAAUGUUGUUUACAUGUAAUUUACGUUUGCAAGAUAAAAUCUUCCCACAAUAA